AUGAUUGCCACAGCCACGUUAUUACCAAUCGAAGUAUUUUUGCAGACAGUCAUAAUAAAACAGUAUUUGACAAGUUCUUACUGUGUAUCUGUAAUUGCAGAGUCACCCCUAGACGUAAAUUUUCUAGUUCCUUUUGCCUAUAUUGAUAUUAAUGGCCCUCACGACUUCAACAACCGCUUACUCGAGGUAUCUGAAAUGGGAUGUUCGGAUUAUGUCAUAAAACUCCGAAAUCCGAGUUUUUUUAUGUCAGCAUUUGAUAAUGUUACUCAUACUGGUAAUGCAAGAAGGAGUGAUAAAAUGCUAAUAUUUGUACCAUUAGAAGAAAAUGAUAAUAAUGAUAACAGAAAUAGUCUUUUAGAUAUACUAUCUCUGAAGGCGACUGGCUUCGUGGCUAAUGUUCUUCUUAUUUUGCCUGAUAAUAGUGACACUGAUAGAUGUACGAAUUACAACCUAGUGACACACAAGUUUGUAGGCCCUGAUGAGGAAGUGUCCGAUCCAAUUUAUCUAGAUAAAUGGAAUAGUUGUACAGAGAAAUUUGAGAAGAACGUCAAUUUGUUCCCUCACGAUAUGACAAAUUUGUAUGGGAAAACGGUAAGAGUAUCAUGUUUUACAUAUAAGCCAUAUGUCUUUUUGGAUUUGGAUACUAGAAAUACCCCUCAUGGUCGCGACGGUACUGAAAUAAGAAUCGUGGAAGAAUUUUGCAGGUGGAUUAAUUGCAGCAUUGCUGUUGUGAGUGACAAUGGUUAUGAAUGGGGAGACAUUUAUAAAAAUAACACCGGAGUAGGAGUUCUUGGAAACGUUAUAGAAGAUCGGGCUGAUCUGGGAAUAAGUGCUCUCUAUUCGUGGUACGAAUAUUAUAUAUAUUUGGAUUUUUCUGCAGCGUCUUUACAUACGGCUAUAACUUGUAUCGCUCCAGCUCCUAGGUUGGUAGCCAGUUGGGAGCUCCCGCUUCUUCCGUUCCAUUGGCACAUGUGGGUGGCCGUCAUUUUAACAUUUAUCUGCACGUCUUUGGCCUUUGCGAUAGCGCAAGGGUUUUCGACAGAAAAAGUUUUUUUGCCUAUAUUUGGAACGAUGAUUGCACAAUCUCAACAUUACGAUUCGAAUUGGCGGGUUCGAAGCGUGACAGCCUGGAUUCUAGUAACCGCGCUAAUUCUUACAAACGCGUAUGGUGCUGGUCUGUCUUCUGCAUUUACAGUACCAAUGUAUGAGAAGUCUAUCGACACAAUACAGGAUAUAAUUGAUAGAAAAGUGGAAUGGGGAGCGACACAUGACGCUUGGGUGUACUCUCUCACAUUGUCCCAGGAGCCUAAAGUCCAACAAUUGGUAAAACAAUUUAGAAUUUACAGUAAAGGAGAAUUGAAGAGGCGAAGUUUGUUAAGAACUAUGGCUUUCAGCAUUGAGAAAUUACAAGCAGGACAUUUUGCAAUUGGUGAAUACAUAACUAAGGAAGCGGCAACAGAUCUGAUGAUUAUGCUGGAGGAUUUUUACUAUGAGUACAAUGUAGUAAUGAUGCGCAAGAGUUCGCCGUUUACUAACAAAAUGACUGAUUUGAUAGGUCGCUUGCACGAGACUGGACUUUUAUUUGCGUGGGAGACUCAGGUGGCAUUAAAUCAUUUAGACAACAAAGUGCAACUUGAAGUCAAAUUGUCGCGAUCUGGUCGCACACACGACGUAGUGAAGUUGAGCCUCAGACAUGUUGUGGGAAUAUUCUUCAUUUAUUUGGCUGGUAUAAGUAUUUCCGUGACCGUUUUUAUUUUCGAACUUAUUGCGAAACGAGAAAACUACGAAUCAAUAAUAAGAAAUAAACUUAUAUGA